AUGAGCAAGAGUUUGACCUUUAAAGAUAAUCUUUUUACAGCAGUUGGAAUUAAAGUCCGAAAGGAUGGAUUGGAUUCUGGAUAUGUUCGUUUGAAGUGUGGAGAGAAUUUAUCAAAUAUUCGUCAAGAACUUGAAAAAUAUUCGUUAAUAAAUGAUACAUUAUUAUUUGCAAAAGGUACAUCUGAAAUACAUAGGAGAAGUGAAAGGGAUUUUCUUAUAGACAGUAUUAUAGAAGGAAAAGAUGAUGAUUAUAAAUUUAUAAAUUUAAAAAAAAAUCCAUCCCAUGAUUACGAUUUGAAUAUUUUGAAGGUUGACCUUCAACUAGAGCACGGACGUAAAAUAAUUUCUGAUGGUAAAAUUAAAAUAGCCAAAAAGAAUGCCUUUAUACUUGAUGUGGCAGAUUUUGAGGUAUGUAAAGAAAAAGGAAUUGGAACAGAAAGAAAAGAAUUUAAUUCAAGUGAAUAUAAUAAAUCGAUAACAGAAUUAACUUUAAAUGGUGGUAUUAAUGCACAAGGCUUUGCAAAAUUUGGAUUAUCAUAUGGAAAAUCGAAAAAUGUUACGUCUGGAGUUGAAAAGAUAACAAUUUGUCAUUAUAUUCACGUUGAUAAAAUUUCCUUAAAAUUUAAAUCUGAUGAAAAACUUUGUUUUGAACCAACUGAGGAAUUUAAAGAUGAAAUAGACAAUGCUAUAAGAAUUGAUAAGCAUAAAGAUAGACUUGAUAAAUUUAAAGAAAUCACCGAAAAUUUUGGCCAAUUUAUUUCAAAUGAAGUUUUGUUAGGUGGAAGAGCUUAUUUUCUAGGAGAAGAAAAUUUAGGGAAAUUUUCCGAAGAAAAAAACAAAAAUGUUUCUACUACUGUAGAAGCUAUGUCUUCAAAUGCCGAAAUGACACACACUUCUGGAAAGUUAACUGAAAAUGCUAAUUAUUCUAAAAAGGAAUGUUUUGAACUUAUUGGAGGUAAAUCUGAUAACCUUAAUAAUUUUAAUGAAAGUAAUUGGAUUCAAUCUUUAGAUAAUUUUAAAAAUUGGGAUUGUACAGAAUAUAAAAAACCUGUUAGCAUUUUCCGACCUUUAUCUUAUGAAUUACGUGAAAAAAUCUUCAAAUCUAUUGGAAAAAGAAUUCUUUAUAAUGAUCCAGGAGAAGAUUAUUUUUGUAAGCCAAAUGAAAGAAAUGUUUUUGUAUUAAAAAAUAUACCAACAUAUAUAGCAGAUAUUAUUAAAAAUAAAGAUGCCGAGUGCAAUAUUUUUGCUACUGUUAUUGAUACUGAUAAUUCAAGAAAUGAUUUCUUUAAUUGCCAAAUCCUUUGGACACCGAAUAAGAAUCCAAAACUCAUAAUUCAUUGUAUUCAACAUUCCCUUUAUUCCGUUUUUAAAAAAUCUUAUAACCUUAAAAUCGGACUGAUGGUUGUUGGUUAUGAUAUAAAUUUCGAUUUCAUUAAUUCAGAUUCUAAUAUUCACUUUGAAGUAAUAGAAAAUAAAAUUGGGGCAUCAAAAUCAAUGUAUUGUAAAAAACUUUUUGAUGAUUCAUUUACUGAAGAAUACAAAGAAUACGAAGAACAUAUUUGUUUAGGAAUUCCAGUACUAAGUGAAUUGAAACCUUCUCAUAAAUUUCUUGUCAUUGGUCAUCAUUUUUCCAAUUAUCAAGAGAAUAAUAGAAUUGGGACAUACACAUUUUCUUAUUGUUUGAAGAAAAAUCAUUAUGUUGAAUUACCAGAAUUUACUUUUCAUACGCUCAUUAUCUCAAACUAUCAUAAUUUUGAUGAAUAUAAUGAAUAUCCUUCAAAUCAAGUAAUACCAAAAUAUACUAGUUUACAUUCUAGCGAAGAUAAUUGGGCUCCAAUUUUCCUGAAACAAAAGCAGGAUGAAAUUAAAAUAAAAUAUAUGAAAUGUAAAGGAAAUUGUAAAGAUACUUGUACAUGUAUUUGUAAAAAAACAUUAAAAGAUGAUCAUAAGUUGCAUUCUUUGAUAAUUCUCGAGACUCAACAUGAAAAUAAUUGGAAAAUAUUAAGAGCGUAA